CAACUGAACAUCAAACCUACAAGCCAGAAGUUGAGAAGCAAGUUGAGAAGAACUCAGAGACAUGGCUGCAAGUGGAAGUGGAUGGCUUGGUGAUAGCACAAAAAUGAGCAGAGAGAGCGUUGAGGAGGCAUUAAAUUUGGCCUUCGAGGUUCAGAAAUCACCAGACAAACUUUUCCUUCCUAAAGAGAUCAGCGAAAGCAACCCUCCAGAAGUUAUAAUCAGCUUUCCAGGAUCAGGUGCUGUCAAGGAUUGGUACUCCAAUAGACCCUUUGGGGAAACCAAAAUAAAACUUGAUCUAUUCCCUUCACUUAAAAGCAUUGGUAACGACGAAGCUGCUUUAGUGAAUGAAGCCUUUCAGCAAAGAUUUAUAGACAUUUUGGAGGAAAAAACACUUGAAGAUACGGUGAAGGAUGCAAUGAGAAAUAAGAAGAAAAUAGUGUUCACAGGACACUCCUCUGGUGGUCCUGUGGCUAUUCUGGCAACCCUUUGGGUCUUGGAUAAAUACAUGAUUCCAAGAUCCAACGAGGGUUUCGCUCCUCAGUGUGUAACUUUUGGUUCUCCCUUAGUUGGUAAUCACAUAUUUUCUCAUGCUACAAGGAGAGAAAAUUGGUCUAAGUACUUCUUGCAUUUUGUGAUGAGAUAUGACAUAGUGCCACGAAUCUUACUUGCUCCUCUCUCUUCCUUUGAUGAAAGAUUUGAAUUACAAUCAUUCAAUCCCGAUUCCGAUCCCAAUUCCGAUUCUUACAAAGCAGCUUCAGAUUUCUACUUUGCCAUAAUGUCAAAUGCUGCAACUGUCACAAGCCAUGCUGCCUGUAAGCUAAUGGGCAGCACACCUGCCACACUUGAAAAUCUUGCAAAAUUCAUUCCAUUAAGCCCUUACAAACCCUUUGGAACUUACGUUUUCUGCACUGGAAAUAGAAAUUUUGGAAAGAAGAUUGUCAUAAAAAACCCAGAUGCGGUUCUGCAGCUCAUGUUUUUCUCUGCUCAAUUAAGCACUGAAGCAGAAAAAGAUCAAGUUCCCUAUAAAAGCCUACAACAACAUUUCAUUUAUGGCACCACCGAAUCCCAACAAAUCUUACAAAUGCACAAUUUUGUGUCCUUGGACAAACUCGAGGAGCUUCCUUUGUCUGAAGCUGGUUCAGGUGGCAAUGUUGCAACGAUUAACACGGCCUUAAAUGACCUUGGCCUAAGCACAAGAGCAAGACUUUGUCUUCGGGCAGCAGCCGAGUUAGAGGAUCGGAGAUCCAGAAACGAGGAAAGCAUCACAAAGAAGAAAGAUUAUGUUGGGAUAAAAAUGAAAAAACUGGAAGAAUAUAAAAAAAUGGGGGAGCUUGAGAUUGGUUACUACGAUGCCUUCAAGGUGCAAAAUGUGAAAGAGGACUUCGAAGCAAAUGUGAAUAGGUUAGAGCUGGCAGGUGUGUGGGAUGAGAUCAUUGAAAAAGUGAGAAGUUAUGAACUACCAGAUGAAUUUGAAGGCAAGAAAGAAUGGGUUGAUCUUGGAACAAGGUUUCGCCGACUAGUGGAGCCUCUGGAUAUUGCUAAUUAUUAUCGCCAUUUGAGGCAUCUCGAGGGUGGAUUGAAUUCUUACAUGGAUGAUAAGGGAAGGCCAAAACGAUAUAGAUACACCCAAAGAUGGCUGGAGCAUAAGGAGAGGAGCACAGACAAAAGAGAAUACUCGGAAUCUUGCUUUUGGGCUGAGGUGGAGGAUCUUUGCAACAAAACCAGUAACAACAAUAGCUCAUUUGAAAAUGUUAAGGAAAGGGUUGCGAAACUAGAGGUUCAAAUUUUAGCAUGGAGUGAAAAGAAAGAACUAGCUGACGAGGUCUUCUUGAAGGGUACUACCUUGGUGAAGUGGUGGAAAGCUCUGCCUUUGGAUCACAAGGAAGAAUCAUGCAUUAAAAGUCUUUUUGAAAAGUCACACGAGACAAAAAUGAAUUAGAAAUCCUUUCUUUUAGAGCGCAUUGGCCGAAUGAGUUUUUUCUUUUUUUCAAAAAAAAAAAGUGAUGGAGUGUAUUACGUGAUUUAAGAGAUGGAUUGUAUUAUGUGAUUUCGUGCCAACUUGUGAAAUUUUAUUUUAAGCUCUUUGUAAUUCAAGUGCUUUUCAGGUCGAGUUAUGAUUGUGAUGUUCUUGAGCUUAAGGAAAACCUACAAACACUUGAAAUGGGUUGUAAGGAACUGAGGACUAGUGGUCUGUUUUUGAAACUCCUUGAGGCCAUUCUCAAAGCUGGGUGAAUGCAUAUUCUUUCACUUGAUAAUACAAAGAGCAGAAGUUGCAUAUGGUUCAUCACAAUAGUAUCUAUUUUUGUACCAGAUAUUGUAUCAGCAGGAUUUUCUUUUGGGGUUGUAUCUAUUUUUGAAUAUUUUUGGAACUGAAUUAAGAUUUGCACCAGCAGAUAUAAUUUAAGCAGGAUUUUGUUUUGGGACUGUAUAUAUUUUUGAAUAUUUUUGGAACUGAAUUAAGAUUUGUAU